AGAGGUAGCUCACUCUAUGGUGCUGAAAGGAAGCAGGACGUGUCCUCUCAGUCAACAUUCUGUUGCUUCCCUCCCAGGCACUGAAUGCCGGGCAGAAUCCAACGAGGUCCUGCCAGCAUGUGAGCAGCAGACUGGGUCGGUGCCUGCCCUUGCCACACUUCCACCUCCCAGGUGCCCCGGAGCUGCGCUGCCCUUGGAUUUGAACACCGGCGUGAGUCGCGCAGUGUGGAGAGGGUAGGAAUGUGUGCCUCCGCCCCGACUUGGGCAAACAAGGCGGCCGGCGCUCCUUCUCGCCUCCUGGGGGUGCUGUACCCUCUAACACGCUCCCUCUGGCUGGCCGGCUUGACUUGCUGCCGAUCAGUCACUCAGAGAGGUUUCUGUUGGGGCUGCCGUCAGCUAAGUUCUCAGGCUCCCGACACCCCCCAGCCAGGGACGCCCACCUUGACGAUGGAGCUGCGUCCAGGGGCUGCCCUCGGACCCUGGGGCCUCCUGCUCCUCGCUCUCUGCCUGGCUUCCUCCAGAGGUCAGGUGGCAGCCCUCAAGAUCACCAUUCCGUACUCUCUGUACGUCUGUCCCGAAGGGCAGAACAUCAGCCUGACCUGCAGGAUCUCAGGCCCAUUUACAGACCGACACGACUUACUCUAUAAGACAUGGCACAUGGGCCACCGAGAGAACCAGAGCUGCUCAGAGAAAAUGUCCAUCCGUAACGUCACAGAGCGGGAGCUGCACCCACGCCAUGGCGGCCAUCACGCCAACGCCAGUGGCCAGAACCCUGCCGGGCACAAGAACCUCACUCUGCACCACGGAGUGGAGUUGACUUCGGACCACCAUGGGAACUUCUCCAUCACCCUGCUCAACCUGACCCAGCAAGAUGGCGGCAUCUACUGCUGCCUGGUGGUGGAGUAUAAGCACCAUCACCUUGAGCAGGAAGUCCACGGCUUCGUGGAGCUCCAGGUGCAGAAAGGCCAAGUCCCUCUCUCCAAAUGCACGCUGCACCCAGCCACCCCCCAGGAAAAUGAAAAUAUCACAGCAGCAGCCUUGGCCACUGGAGCCUGCAUUGUGGGCAUCCUCUGUCUGCCCCUGAUUCUCCUGUUGGUCUACAAACAGCAGCAGGCAGCCUCCAACAGGCGUGCCCAUGAGUUGGUGAGGAUGGAGAGCAAUGCUCAGGGUAUUGAGAACCCAACUUUUGAAGCUGUGCCUCAUGGGAUACCCGAAUUGAAGUCCAGGCCCCCUCUGUCCUACAUGGCUCAGAGACAGCCUUCAGAGUCAGGACGGCACCUUCUCUCAGAGCCCAGUACCCCACUCUCCCCUCCUGGUCCUGGAGAUGUCUUCUUCCCAUCACUGGAUCCUGUCCCGGACUCUCCCAAUGCAGAAGCAAUCUAGAACUGCUUAUCAUGGAAGGAGAUGAUAAUUGUAUUGCCAAGGGAGAAGGACUAGAGACAGUGGCUCGUCUGUGGACAAUUUCCCCCUUGGACGCAUGGUCUAUGGCUCUUUGGUGCUCUCUUGGCCUUCUCCUUCCCAUGUAUGGCCUAACAAGCUAGAUGAUCCCUUAGGAUCCAACCUAGGGGGAAGAAAAAUGCUUCAUCAAUCAAUCCUACUGCCUCCUGGCUGCCAGAGAGAUUAUGGAACUUACUCCUCAGACAGGUUAAUGAUAUAUCAGCUGCAUUCAACGUGCUGGGACUAAAUGCUUGAAUCUGUGAUCCCCAUAAUACUGAGCCCUUCCUGCCAUUGUGUCUUGGGCCAGGAUAGAGCGAACGCCUCUCUUCUCCCCAUACCCACUCACUGAAGGCCCCUGGACCAUGGUAAACAGACCAGAAAUUCCCUAUGAGCUACCAAGUGAACAGUUGACCCUGGUGUCUAGGGAAGAGACCCUGCUGGCUGAAAUCGAGGAGUCAAAGGCUCCAUCCAUCCAUCCUGAGGUCUGUGUGCCUUCCUUAGCAGCGACUGAGACUUUGGGAGAGAAGGGGGUAAUUACGGUGGGGAAGGAGCCCAUCUAGCCAAUGCAGAAGGCCUCCAGCAGCUGUGAAUAGGUUAAGACUUGGGUCAAAGAAGAUCAAUAGACUCAGGGGUUCUCUUUCCCUUGCCUCCAAGCCCUCACGGUUAUACUGGCCAGAACCAACCCUCCCACUCCCUCCACCCCAGACAAGAAGUACUUCUGGGCAAUCUGGCAUCUUGGGCAAUCAAGGGUGGACCACUUGGGCUGAAAUAUCCUUUCCUGGCAGCUGGUGGGGAGUGAUGGGGUUAGGGGUGGGCACUGUCAUAGGGGUGAGUGAAGAGAAGGAACUCUUCAACAGCUGCUGGCUAAAGGGGGGUCCAGGAUGGCUGAGGGGUUCUGGAGAGCCUGGACUCAGUGCUUAGAUCUACUAAUGUGCCCUGGUGGCUUUGUGGAAUCUACCUGCCUUGUUUGGGUCUUCAUUUCCUGAACUACUCAGGAAGCAGCACGAUCCCAGCUGAUGGAGAAAAGAAGGACAAAGGGGCACUCUGUAAAUAAUGAGGCAUUGUUAGCACUCAGCUAUGUGGUCACUUUUGCUGCUUUGAAUUUGUACCUGAAUUUGUAUUUGUUUAUAUAUAUAUAUGUUAUAUAUAAAUAGAUAUAGCAGCUAAUAGAGGACACUUUUUUGAAUUUACAAUUAAAGAAUUUUUAAAGAA